AGUACUUGCGGCAAAAAUGGCUACCGUUUCUAAACGAAAAGCGGAUAGUCAAGUGCCUCCAGAAGAAAGUGAUUUGCUGGUUAUUAGACCUUUGGGAGCUGGACAGGAAGUAGGAAGAUCAUGUGUGAUUCUGGAAUUCAAAGGAAAACGAAUAAUGAUGGACUGUGGUAUUCAUCCGGGUUUGUCAGGUAUGGACGCCCUACCUUUUGUGGACCUGAUUGAAGCAGAUGAGGUAGAUUUGUUACUGGUGAGCCACUUUCAUUUGGACCACUGUGGCGCAUUGCCAUGGUUUUUACAAAAAACUACAUUUAAAGGUAGAUGUUUCAUGACACAUGCAACCAAAGCCAUAUACCGUUGGCUCCUAGCGGAUUAUAUCAAGGUUAGUAAUAUCGGUACUGAACAAAUGCUGUACUCAGAAGCUGAUUUAGAAGCAAGUAUGGAGAAAAUAGAAACUAUUAAUUUUCACGAAGAGAAGGAAGUGAGUGGUGUGCGAUUUUGGUGUUAUAAUGCUGGACAUGUGCUUGGAGCUGCAAUGUUCAUGAUAGAAAUUGCAGGAGUAAAAGUUCUUUACACGGGCGACUUCUCACGGCAGGAAGAUAGGCAUCUUAUGGCUGCAGAGAUUCCAGGAGUCCACCCAGAUGUGUUGAUUAUAGAAUCUACCUACGGUACUCACAUUCAUGAAAAAAGAGAGGAACGUGAAGCAAGGUUCACAGGACUUGUACAUGAUAUAGUAAAUCGUGGAGGAAGGUGCUUGAUCCCAGUGUUUGCCCUCGGAAGAGCUCAAGAGUUGUUACUGAUCUUAGACGAGUAUUGGAAUAACCAUCCUGAACUCCAUGAUAUUCCUAUAUACUAUGCUUCAUCUUUAGCCAAAAAAUGCAUGGCGGUAUAUCAGACCUAUGUUAAUGCCAUGAACGAGCGCAUUCGCCGUCAGAUAGCCAUCAGUAACCCAUUUGUGUUUAAACACAUAUCAAACCUGAAAAGCAUCGAUCACUUCGAGGACGUUGGGCCGUGCGUUGUGAUGGCGAGCCCUGGCAUGAUGCAGAGUGGUCUCUCCAGGGAAUUGUUUGAAAGUUGGUGCACUGAUCCCAAGAAUGGUGUUAUCAUUGCAGGAUAUUGUGUUGAAGGAACAUUGGCCAAACACAUUCUUUCAGAACCAGAAGAGAUUACUACUAUGACUGGUCAAAAAUUACAACUCAAGAUGUCGGUGGACUAUAUCUCCUUUUCAGCUCACACAGAUUAUCAACAAACCAGUGAAUUCAUCCGUGCAAUGAAACCUCCACAUCUUAUACUUGUACAUGGAGAGCAGAAUGAAAUGGGAAGGUUGAAGUCUGCCAUCAUUCGAGAAUAUGAGGAUGACGUGGAAACUAACAUUGAGGUGCAUAACCCAAGAAAUACCCAGAGUGUUGAACUGUACUUUCGUGGUGAGAAGACAGCUAAGGUUAUGGGAUCUCUUGCAGUCGAUCCACCUCAGCAAGGCCACAGACUGUCUGGAGUUCUUGUGAAGAGAAACUUUAGUUACCACUUGCUUGCUCCAUCAGACUUGUCAAAAUACACUGAUAUGGUUAGAAGUACCGUCAGUCAGAGGCUGAGUUUGCACUACACUGGCACCUUACAGUUAUUACACUUUUUCUUGAACCAACUCUCUGGAGAUGUGGAAGCCAUUGACAUUCAAGGGAAGAAGGCUCUUAAGGUCUUUAGGAAAAUUCUUGUCAUUCAGGGAGUUGACAUGGUGACUCUUGAAUGGAAUGCCAGCCCCGUCAAUGACAUGUAUGCCGAUGCUGUCGUUACGGUCAUUCUUAAAGCCGACAGUGCUGGCAUUUCCACAAAAGUCAUUCCACCAAUUAUGAAGCUUGACAAGAUGCAUUUUACCGAGUGCUUGAUGGAGAUGUUAGCCGACAUGUUUGGAGAUGAGGCAGUUAGUAAAAUUGUGAAAGGAGACAGAUUGUUUGUUACUGUGGAUGGGAAGAGUGUCAGCAUCAAUCUUCGGAAUCAAGAAGUAAAAUGCGAGGAAGAUGAAGUGUUACAACAGAUGGUAACAACGGCAGUUACAAAACUUUACAAUUCUCUUACACCUGUUAAAGUUUGAAUUAGUUGUUACUUGUAUAUUAUGAGUAGUUUCAUGUUGCACAUGUAUUUUAAAAUAAAUUGUGUUGAAGAAACAA